UGAAAAUACAACUCCAGGAGCUCAAAAAAAGUGUGAAAAUGGUAUACCUGAUCGCUUCCACCUCCACACCUGACGAUGUCGCAGAGGUAUUGCGUAAGCACAUCCCAGAACUGAGGAGGUCGCGUAGUAUCAACUCGCGAGCCGCAGAGUUCUAUCAGGUCGGCGGUGAAGACUUCCUGGCCCUAAGGACGCAUGCCGAUGUUGACCAAGUGUUCGGGAACUUGGAUUUGGCACUUGUUAUGACAGCUACUUGAAUACUUUUUGGUAAGUCGAUGUCGAAGUAUGCGGAGGUAGUACUACUGUACCAGUACCUCCUGCGAUGUUAUAAUAAAUAGAGACCUCCAGCACUAGGAUUGUAAAUUAAUGGCAACAAGAAUGAAGAUCAAGAUGUACCAGAAUGUUCUCCACCUCGGUAGUCUUCGCUCUAACCGCUGUCAAGUCUAUGAAAAGGAAGAUGUGGAGGACAUCAGGGACCGGAUUCUCGGAAUCGCCAGGUCUGCACGAAUGCAGUCGAUCGAGGAAGGGCUUGCUCCGCACGCUCCCAGAGGAUCCUCUAAGGCAAUUGCACAUGGCUUUAUGACGGCGUUGAUGAAAAAUAGUACAGGAGGAGAGGAGGCAACAUCUAGAUCUAGUACUACUAGAACAUCAACAACAAAAAAUAAUGAUAUCGUAAGUAGAAAUACCCAAGCAGAGGGCGAAAGAACAAGUGCUGGAAAAGUACCGUUCAUCACUGGAAAAAAUGACCCAGGAGAAGCUGGGCCAUUACGAUUACGGGACUCAGUUCCUACAAGGAAUGCAUCUUCCAGAACCUCAGAAGGAACUACAGAUAGAAAGUCUGCUAACUCACGAACAAGUCUCGUACAAAAUUUCACAUGACUUUUGUUCCUCGUAUACUAUCGCAGCGGAAAACCUUGAGUGGGUGACACUGGGCGAGUCGUGCCUAUAGAGCGAGCGCCGUGCAGGUAGAUUCUGCACCUGGUGGCCGGUUGUUUUGCCUCUCUACUCUUCCUUGUUAUUGCGCGGGGUUGUGCGACAUGGUAUUUGGGCGACGUGUGCAUGCCACGCACGAACUAGACCUAUGCGCCUGCUUCUGGUGCUGGUGCGAUAUAUAACGGUAGCGGCCCCGCCCUAGAUGCCGUGUCGCAGGCCCAUUCUGGUCGCUCGUGUCCCUCGCGUUCGCGUGUGUCCUCCGCAGGUCCGUAGCUGCAUGCCGUGCAGGGAGCCGCGUUCUUGCUCCACCUAAGAAAGGCGACCUUCUGCCGAUGGUCGUGUU